GAUGACAAUACCCAUUCAAAAUGAAGAACCUCAAUCUCUUUUUAGUUGUGGCUUUGGCCCUGGUUUCAAUGGUGGCAUCUCAAGAGGAAACUGGUCGAUAUUAUAAUUCAUCGGGUUAUGUUACAACGGAGCGUGACAAGUGGUGCCGACUAAAUCUAGGACCUUUUUAUGGUGGGAUGUGCUAAGAAGCUAAGAAAACUGACGUCCUCUCACUUCUUCCAAAUUUCUUCAAAAAUCGGGCUUUCAAAUUUAAAGCUAAAAUAUUUAAAAAGCACAUAAUCCCUAUGAUUGCUUUAAAGUAGAAGAUCGGUAUAAAUGCAACCUACCAUUUUUUUAUUUGGUAAUAAAUCCAUGUCCGAUUAAAGCUGUAAAA